AUGUCGCUAGACCAUCUCGAAAUACUCCUCAAGCGUACUCAGGGUUCUCCAAUCGACCUCUCGAUGAUUCACCCUGACCUGAUUCAUACGGAUAUUAUUGAGAAAACAACGCUUCAUUCUUCACAACUCAGGUCUCUAGCAAUUGUCCUUUCUCCAAAUCGGUACUACAUCCCUAUUAUGGAGCUUCCCCAGCUCGAAAAGCUGCAGAUACACUCCAACCAUCUCAACUCUAGCGUGAGACAUAUUCUUAAGAUCGUCAAUGACAAGGCACCGAAAAUGGUCACCCUCUACCUAGAGUUGCAUGCGUCCACCGACUUUCCUCUCGCAGAGGUUGCUCGCCACCAAUUCUGCUACCGACUGCGUAACCUGUACCUUUCCACAGGCUCGAAAGGUCCAUCGGAUCCAUCUGCGCCAGUCAUAGACUUGCCUGAGCUCGAGACACUAACCCUGAUAGGAAAGCCAUGGCAGCUUGCCUACAUGACAUUACCGAAUCUAUUAUCACUGACAAUAAUCGGAGGAACGAAGAAACGGAAUCAAAAAGUGAUACCGCCACAUUUCCCGACCAGUAUUACCAAACUUCAUCUGGACCACGUUAGAUUCGCAGCAUAUACCUCAACAGCGGUGCUACUACCCAACUUGACGCACCUCGACCUCCGCUACCCAUCCAUCGAGUCGACCCUCGACCCGCACUUUAUGAUGCCCGCACUAGAGACCAUGCGCAUGGAUUCGAUAACCUAUAACAGCGCAUUUCGCUCAGCUCCGGAACAAAGUGCGCUUUCCGCCCUCUUCAGCGGUGAGGGUGUCUUGCAGGACUUGUACUCGCUCCGUCGCCUGCUCUUGGAGGAAAUACACCUGGAAACCACGAGCUGCACUGUAUUCCGUGGUAUACCCGCACUGGAAGAGUGGGAGCUCCGCGGUUGCUCACUUCCUCACGACCUGGCGGAGACAUUGGCGGGCAAGGCUACGGGCAGAGACACGAACCUGCUUGCUCGACUAGAAAGACUGCACGUGAAGAAGUGUUGGUCCAUGUCGGAGACGGCUGAGCAGGUCGAGGAGCGCGUGCGUGCCACGAGCGCGCAGUUCCGACCCAAUCUACAAGUAUUUUUUACGGAGAACCAGACUGAGAUCAUGUGA